UUUCCCUUCAUCGAGAUUCUCAAACCCUCUCCUCUCUCCCGUUUUCAUGUGCUCUAUCUACCUCACUAAUCCAUCUUCUCCCGUUCCUCCCUCCCACCACAACCCUUAUUCCUCCUGCCAAUCCGUCGCUACAAUGGGGAUCGAUCUUCUCCUCACAUGCCCAGGAAAUCUGAUGGAGGUAAGGUAGAGGAUUUCCGACUUGUGGGGCGCGCGUAUUGACCGACUAUAUAAGGGAUAUGAUCGAAGAGAUGUCGCCGGAGCUGGAGGUAGAACUACCGAUGCCCUCCCUCGAAUUCCAUCUCGAGAAGACCGGUAAGAGUCCCUACUAAACCCCAAACCCCGAAUCUCCUUGUAUUUGGGACCUGAUUUUGCCUUUUGCCUUUGAUUUCAGAUGACCGGCUUCCCAUAUUGACCGACAAUGUGAGGAGAAGGAUUGAAGAGAUGCCGAAGCUGGAGGCAGAGGAGGAGGGGGAGAGUGGUAGGAUUCUUACGCCCGACAGCUUUUCCUUGUGUUUGGAGGCCUGAUUUUGUGUUGUGAUUGCGGAUGACGGCCAGUUUCUCGAGGAUAGCAUGGCCUCUAUGAUCUCCUGCUUCAGGAAGAUAAGCGAAACACUGAGCUCCAUCCAGGAAAACGCUACAGCUGGUGGGAAGACGAACAAACUGAAAGACUUGGCGGAGUCCUACAAUGACCAAGUAGUUGCCUUCGAAACCAGCAAGAGCAGAGUCGCCCAAGCGCUGCACGACAUCAGCGACGCCUUGAUCAAAGAGAUCGAGCCCCACCGGAAGCAUGUGGAGCUGGUGCACUUACAGCUCAACACCCCUUCCAAAGAGAUCUCUUAUGACCUCCCCCAUGUUAUCCGUGAAGUACGACCUCGAGCUGCCCGAACUGGGAGCAAACGGUCUGAUUGAAUGAUGAUCCUGUAAGUAGCCAUGAUUUCGGGUUAGCUUAGUUGGAUUGUUGAACAAUUUCGGGUAUUGCAUAGUGUUUUGGACCGAGUGUUAAAGAUUGUUUAGAACUUCAAUUUCAUGUAUGUGGCUGGCUUGUCCAUGUCUUGUAACCAUUUCAUAAGUAAGCCAAAGCCUGCAAUCUACACCUGCUGUUGCUUUGUUCUAAGACUAUUAUUCGUUCAAUUUGUUUUCCCAUGAUCUGUCCUAUCCAUUCUCAAUAUAUCAGCUAGCUAAUCUUUGUCAAGUUCAAGUGAGGCUUUGUUUGUGGGGACCCUUUUGAUUACUAUCUAAUCAAUGAGAUUGUCUUCGACGAGGUUCCUGAUCCAUUACUUUGUUGUUGUUUUCGUUGCUGCUGUUGUUGUUUUCACUAGGUGGCAGCACAAUGCAACUGCUACUUGAUGAAUGCUGGCUUACUGAAGUGGACACAAAAUAAUGUUGUCGUUUUCAU